GGGUGACAGGAUCUGGGAGUAACCGGCGGUCUGCAGGCGAGUCGCGUCCACACUCUCUGCAGCGCCGAGUGUCCCAGGGGAGGCUGAGGCUCGGGCCGCCAUGGCGCUGCAUGCGGCCGUGUUCGACUUGGACGGGGUCCUGGCUCUGCCAUCUGUCGCGAGCGGCCUCAGCCGCGCCGAGGAGGAGUUGGCAUUGCCCAGAGGCUUUCUCAAUGAAGUUUUCAAGAAAGGAGACCCGGAUAGUUCCAGUUUCCGUCUCAUGAGGGGAGAGAUCAUGUUUUCCCAGUGGGUGUCACUCCUGGAAGAAGACUAUAAGAAACACGCCGAAGAUUCUGGAAUCAGCCUCCCUGAGAAUUUCUCUGUUAGUCAGAUCUUUGGCAAGGCCAUUUCAGCAAGGAAGAUCAACCAACGCAUGCUUCAGGCGGUUCUCGCUCUCAGAAAGAAGGGGUUUAAAACCUGCAUCCUCACCAACAACUGGCUGGAUGACAGCACCCAGAGGAGCAGCCUGGCCCAGCUGAUGUAUGAACUGAGACCACACUUUGACUUCCUGAUAGAGUCAUGUCGGAUUGGAAUGGCCAAGCCUGAUCCUCAGAUCUACAAAUUUAUGUUGGACACCUUGAAGGCCAGCCCCAAUGAGGUUGUUUUCUUGGAUGACAUCGGGGCCAAUCUGAAGGCAGCCCGUGAUUUAGGAAUGGUCACCAUCCUCGUCCAUGACAGUGACAUGGCCCUGCAAGAGCUGGAGAAAGUCACUGGGGUGCAGCUUCUCAAAACAGAAGUCGCAGCCCCUCUCCCAAUCCCAUGCCAUCCAAAUGACGUGAGCCAUGGGUAUGUGCCAAUCAAGCCCGGGGUGCAUCUGCAUUUUGUGGAGCUGGGCUCUGGCCCUGCUGUGUGCCUCUGCCAUGGGUUUCCUGAGAGCUGGUUCUCUUGGAGGUACCAGAUCCCAGCUCUGGUCCAGGCGGGUUUCCGGGUACUAGCAUUGGACAUGAAAGGUUAUGGAGACUCAUCUGCUCCUGCUGAAAUAGAAGAAUAUUCCUUGGAAAUAGUAUGCAAGGACAUGGUAACCUUCCUAGAUAAGUUGGGCAUCCUCCAAGCGGUGUUCAUUGGCCACGACUGGGGUGGCAUGGUGGUGUGGAGCAUGGCUUUCUUCUACCCUGAGAGAGUAAGGGCAGUGGCAAGUUUGAAUACUCCCUUCAUGCCAGCAAACCGCAAUGUGUCCCCGAUGGAGAUACUCAAAGCCCAUCCUAUUUUUAAUUACCAGCUCUAUUUCCAAGAACCGGGAGUGGCUGAGGCUGAACUGGAAGAGGACCUGUACCGGACUUUCAAACUCUUUUUCAGAGCACAUGAUGAGGCUCUGAUCAACCUGUACGACGUCUGUGAAAAAGGAGGACUCUUUGUGGAAUCCCCGGAAGACCCCAGCCUCAGCAGGAUUGUGACCGAGGAGGACAUCCGCUUCUACGUGCAGCAGUUCAGGAAGUCCGGUUUCAGGGGUCCCCUAAACUGGUAUCGAAACAUAGACAGGAACUGGAAGUGGGGCUGCAAAGGCACAGGACGGAAGAUCCUGAUUCCGGCCCUGAUGGUAACUGUGGAGAACGACCUAGUGCUUGUUCCUGAGAUGUCCAAGCAUAUGGAGGACUGGAUCCCCCACCUGAAAAGGGGACACAUUAAGGAUUGUGGACACUGGACACAGAUAGAGAAGCCCGCCGAGUUGAAUCGGAUCCUCGUGCAGUGGCUGGAAACUGAUGCCAGGGACCCGCCAGUGGUCUCGAAGCUUUAGGGGGUGACGUGUGCCAGCCCCCUCCUCUGCUGGGCUGCUGCUCUUGGCACCAAGAUGGGCCUGACCCGCGUCUCUCAGAACCAGCAGCCUGGUUCUUAAGGGUGAUUUUCUUUAAGGGAAGUGAGUAAAAUUAGACGUAAUUUUAGAUAUUAAUUCUCUGGGCACAAACGCAUCACUUGGUCUCUAAGGAUGAUUUAUGUUCUGUGAGGGGACAAAGGAGGUGGCCGGGGGUGAUUUCUCUUUGGCUAAUCCAUAGUUUUGCAGCAAAAUCAGCAGGUAAUUCUGAAGCCUUUCCACAGAGAUUGGAACUCUUUUGCUCAAUAAAGCUAAACAUCUGUGAUUCCGCUGCGGUUGGGAGGAGGAGGAGGAGUUGCUCUAAGAAUGUCCCUCUGGCCUCAUCUGGAAGCCCCGUCUCCCGCCCACCCUGCCUCAAGCCCCGUCGCCAGCCCAGUCCUGCCACGGCAGCCUCCUGACUGGUCUCCAUACAGGAUCUGAACUGAACUUUGCAGGGCCUCCCCGCUGCUCCCCACAGAAAGCUCAUGCACUGCCUGGCCCCACCGAUCACUCCCCUAUUCCUAAGGGCCCCCCAGCACCCCCGAACUGAGUCCCUGCACACACCACACUGACGCUCCUCGACCUCCGCCUGAGCGAAUGGGUCCUUCAGCCUGCAGGGUUCCCACCUGCACCUCCCCGCCCAGGCCCCAGCCGGGCCAUGAGCCCUUUCUCCCUGCCCCCGGCUGGUGUGCUCCCAGGGGCUGCACACCGCCCUGGCUGCGCUUCCUGCAGGGAAAGCUGGGGUGGUGGUCUCCCUAAGCUGAAUUAUGAAUCAUGAUGAGUAUCAAGUAACCAGGCCAAAAGGGUGUGUGUAGAAAGCAAGGGGAAGGUCAGAAGUGGUCUGAGCUGGCGUUAAGUACCAUGUGCCUGGAACCUUGCAUACACCACCUCUGUGCUUCCAUCGCACAGAGCGGGAAAUUAGGGUUCAAAUAACUUGCCCAGGGUCCCUUGGCUAGUUAGAGGCAGAGCCUAGAUUCAGAAGCACGCUGACUGGUUCCAAAGGCUGAGCUCCUUCUGUCAAAAAUCUCCUUUCUAGCCCUGGCUGGUGUCCUCAGUGGUUAGAGCGUGGGCCCAUGAACUGAAGGGUCAUGGGUUCAAUUCCCACUCAAGGGCACGUACCUGGGUUGCAGGCUUGACGCCAGCCCCGAGUGCAGGAGGCAACCAAUCAAUGUGUCUCUCUCACAUCGAUGGCGUGCUCUUCCCCUCCCUCCUUCCCUUCCACUCUCUCUCAAAAAUAAAAAAUAAAAAAAAAAUUAAAAA